GAAGGUUGCAGUGGCAAGCCAGCUGGCACCGGAAUUCUUCACCAAACUUUCGAAGCAAGACAUCCGGGACAUGUUCGCCCGCAUGGACACUGAUUGCUCCGGUGGCAUAUCCUUCAACGAGUGGGUGGCAGCGAUUGCAGCAUGCCGAGAAGAAGUUUACAUGACGGAGAAGCUGGAGCAGGAGACUGCAAUUGCAGCAGUGAUGGGCGAUGCAGCGGCUGCCAUGGAUGAGGUGCUCGAGGACUGGACAGGGGAGUUCGAGCUCCAGAGGUUUAUCUCCGCCUUCCAGACCAACAGCGCUUUUUUGCAGAAAGUCUCCCAUGCAACAGGCUUGCCUGUCGAAGAAUACCAGCGACUGCAGGCUAGUGAUCUCAAAGAUCUCUUCGAUGCUUUGGACAUGGACUUCUCCGGGACUGUUUCCUUCAGCGAGUUCGUAGAAGGACUGGCGGCCAUCCGAAGGGCUCACGAGGCUGCGAUUCUGGAAGAGGUGCCCAGCCCUACAGCGUCUCGCAAGGUGGUCAAGGAUGCCAUGGUCCAGGGUGCCCCGGAAGGGAUGGAUAUCAUUACGCCCACUGGCCUCAGGCAGUUGAUGUGUCUUCUAGAUGCUGACCGGUGGACUCCUGCCAAGCUCGACAAGCUCAUUGCGGGCCUGCCGUGGACGAACGGAACCCUUCCGCUAAGCAAACUGGUGGACUUGCUGUGCCUAGCCCGCAACUGGGCCUCUGCCACAGCAGACAGGUCACUCCCGUACUGUGCCUCUUGUUCUUCACAUCUGCGCCUGCCCUCCGGUUCUCCGACCUUAGAGAGGAACAUCUCGAACAACCUUCAGUCAACCAACGGAGGCAGUGAAAAGGGGACCCUUUCAUUGUACCUUGUACCAUGCAUGGCGUUGGCCACGGACGAGUUGGAUCGGGUCGCAGUCACAUUCUGUCAAGUGCGAAGGGGAAUGUAA